AUGUCCUCCAAGCGUGUUUCCGUGAUUGUCAUCGGAGGCUCCCAUGCAGGCUUGGGAGUCAGCCACAAACUACUCCGACGGACCCCCAAAGUGUCAGUAACACUGGUCAACCCAUCAGACGAAUAUUACUUCAAUAUCGCAACGCCCCGGUUUCUCGUGAAACCCGGGAGCCUACCACCGAGCAAAUACCUCUACAACAUACCCGAUACCUUUAACGAAUACCCCAAGGGUUCCUUCACUUUUGUUAAGGGACUUGUCACUAAAAUAGACUAUUUGACCAAGUCAGUAUUAGUCACUACCGGCCAAAACUCCCCCACAAAGGACGACAUUAUGUCAAUCACUUUCGAUUAUAUAGUAAUUGCAUCCGGUAGCACAACGCCAGCUACAGUUGGGCGGGGCAGUCUGAAACUCCCCUUCAAGGCGACUGCAUUUGAAGAUACUAGGAAAGCUAUUUCUGAGGCGCAGAAGAAGCUCCACGCGGCUACAAGAAUUGUUAUUGGGGGCGCAGGUCCGCUGGGGGUCGAACUCGCCGGAGAACUGGCCGAAGCAUCAGGCUCGAAAAAGGUAAUCAUCCUAGUUUCGAAGACCCGUUCAUUAUUGGAAGGGGCAACGGAGACAGUACAAAGAACCGCCGAGUCACUCCUACGACGCAAGGGUGUCGAGAUCCUGAAAAAUAUCAGAGUCAACCAGGUUGAGCAGGAUCCUGAAACGGACAGGUGGACGGUAACACUAUCCAGCGGUCGAAAAAUCGCAGCAGAUGAAUAUAUCUCUACAACAGGAGUCAUUCCAAACAACGACUUCAUCCCAAAAAGCUUCUUAAAUCACGACGGCUGGGUCAAUGUGGACGAGCAUCUCAGACUCGUGGAAGACGGAACCAGCCGAAGUGACACCUACGCAGUUGGUGACAUCACCUGCCAUCCUUAUCGACUCCUCUCCAGGGUCUCACUACAAGGAGCGACCGUGGCGUCGAAUAUCGCUGCAAGUAUCGCAAAAGACACUCGCCUCGCCACAUAUUCCGCCGAAGCUCAGAAGAAGAUGAUGGUAGUCCCUGUCGGACAGUCAACGGGUACAGGACACCUGGGCGGAUGGACACUUUGGGGAUGUCUCGUAUGGUUCUUCAAGGGCAAUGAUUUCUUGACUUACGAAGCCCCAAAAUUCCUGCGAGGCCAAAGGCGGUGA